CGUCUGUCUGAACUAGCUAAGACGUUCUCUCUCUCUCUCUCUCUCUCUCUCUCUCUCUCUUCAUGGACGGUGGGUCUGAAAAUUCUUCUCCGAUCUCCGAGUCGCCGAUGGAGAUCGGGUCCCUCUCCAUCCAGAGUGCAGAUGGCGCCUCCGGACCGUCCUCCGAGUUGACGCUUGAAGAGAAGUUCGCACUCGUGAGGAGCGUCGGGGAGGAGUGCAUACAGGAGGACGAGUUGCGGAACUUGCUGGCCAAGAAGAAGAACCCCGUCUGUUACGAUGGGUUCGAGCCGUCCGGAAGGAUGCAUAUCGCUCAGGGAGUGAUGAAGGCAAUAAAUGUAAACAAACUUACGUCUGCUGGAUGCAAAAUGAAGUUCUGGGUUGCAGAUUGGUUUGCGCAGUUAAACAAUAAAAUGGGAGGUGAUCUGAAGAAAAUUCGGACUGUUGGUCGCUACCUGAUCGAGAUUUGGAAAGCUGUAGGGAUGGACCUUGAGAAUGUAGAAUUUCUGUGGUCAUCAGAUGAAAUUAAUGCCCGAGCACAUGAAUACUGGCCACUUGUUAUGGAUAUUGCUCGGAGAAACAAUCUUGCACGGAUAGUGAGAUGUUGUCAGAUCAUGGGGCGUAGCGAGCAGGAUGAGCUAACAGCAGCACAAAUCUUCUAUCCAUGCAUGCAAUGCGCUGAUAUAUUUUUCUUGAAGGCUGAUAUCUGCCAGCUGGGCAUGGACCAACGAAAGGUUAAUGUGCUUGCAAGGGAAUACUGUGAUGACAUCAAGAGGAAGAAUAAACCAAUCAUCCUGUCUCAUCACAUGCUUCCGGGGUUGCAGCAGGGGCAAGAAAAGAUGUCAAAAAGUGAUCCGUCAUCUUCUAUCUUCAUGGAGGAUGAAGAGGCAGAAGUUAAUGUGAAAAUCAAGAAAGCUUACUGCCCGCCUAAGAUUGUUGAAGGAAACCCAUGCUUGGAUUACAUCAAAUACAUCAUUUUUCCAUGGUUUGGGAAGUUUGAAGUAGAACGGGAGGAAAAGAACGGUGGAAACAAGACGUUCAACAGCAUGGAAGAGUUAAUUGCAGACUAUGAAAGUGAGAAAUUGCAUCCUGCUGAUGUUAAGCCAGCUCUUUCAAAAGCAUUGAACAAAAUACUUCAGCCUGUGAGGGACCACUUCAAAAAUAAUAGUGAAGCAAAAGAACUUCUGAAGACUGUCAAGGCUUACAGAGUCACAAAGUAAUGCGCUGGGAAAGCUGGACUGUUGGUGGUUCGAUUUUACAGUUUUGGGGUUGUGUAGCAUGUCUCUCUAGCAGUCUGCCGAUGAUACAUCUGAGCCUUGAUGUGAAGCUAGAAAAGCAAAAGAAAAAUCCAAGGUAGAUGCAGGAUUUGUAGAUUGCUUAUCCAUAUCAACAGAUCAUUGAAAUUAUGUAUCAUGUCGCUUAUCGAUAUUGAAAGUGUACUUUUAACAUUUUUGGUACAUUCUUAUGAGAUCCUUUUUGUUGGAACGCUUAGCAA